ACACACAGUGUAGACCUGAGAGUUCUGUGUUAAACGAGGAGCCCCUGAAGGCAGCACAGAAGUCACAGAAAGGAGAAGUGCUGAAAGGAAGAAAGAAAGAAAGAAGGAGGUGGAGAGAACAGUUUGAUGAGCCGAUGAAGGAGGGACUACAAACGGUACAAGUUAAUGUAACAUCUCGGUAGAUUCUAGUCUUCGUCCCUCAUCGCAGGAUUUAAGAGACUUCUCCACGAAGGAAACUCAUCGUCAGCAGCCAUGGGUGUCGAAGGGGGCAUGAAGUGUGUCAAGUUCCUGCUUUUUCUUUUCAACUUCAUUUUCUGGUUAUGUGGCCUUGCGUUGAUUGUCGUGGGAAUCCUGGUUCAAGUGGCUUUGCACAAAACCCUCAUGAUCAAGGAUGCGUCAGCUUCAGGAGCUCCCAUUGUCGUCAUCGGUGUCGGUGUGGUGAUUUUCUUCAUCGCCUUCUUCGGCUGCUGUGGCGCCUGGAAGGAGAACUACUGCAUGGUCACGAUGUUUGCCGUCCUCCUGUCCCUGGUCAUCAUCGUUCAGAUUGCGGCGGCCAUUGCUGGAUACGUCUUCAGAAACAAACUCUCAACGAUUGUCCAGGACAGUCUUGUUGACAUGAUCGACAAAUACAACAGCACAUCUCAGUUCAAAGAAACUGUGGAUAAACUUCAGGAGGAUUUGAAAUGCUGCGGCGUGAACAGUUCUGCCGACUGGAGGGCCUUCAAACCUGAUCGAAAGUCUGUGCCUGACUCAUGCUGUGUGAAUGUCACUGCGGGGUGUGGAGUGGGAGCUUUGGCAACCCCUGCCAAAUUGAACAAGGAGGGUUGUCAUGAUGCUGUGGUGGCCUUCUUGAAUAAAAACAUCCAGUGGGUGAUAGUAGCAGCUCUCGUGAUUGCUUUCCUGCAGAUAAUGGGCAUCGUGUUCGCCUGCAUGUUGAUGAGAGGCAUCCGCAGCGGCUACGAAGUCAUGUGAUCGAGGCUUUAAGGGAAAUCUUUCAGGAGCUCCAUUUAGCAGCCUUUUGUAUGUUUAUCCUUAACGUUGGAUAGAAGGCACAGAAUGUAUUUAACCUCAAAUUGAUUUUGGAUUAUAUUUUCAUAGGUUAAGAAUAUCCCCUCUUUGAUACAGUACAUAAUUAGGGUUUAAAAUGAAAACAUUAGUGGUCAGUUUAUCGUCACUGUAUAUUGUUGGUUUUCUAACUUCUAGCUCUUCGCUUGGUUUCUGUUUUGGCGCUGAGUUUUUACAUUUUUCUGGUUGUGAGUUUCUGUUUUUAUUAAAGACUCUUUAAAUUAUGUUGCCUUUGCUUAACAGGGAAAAAUAAAACAGGGAAAAUGAA